CACGACCGCCUCAGCGCCCUCCCGGACGAGCUCCUGCAUUACAUCAUGUCAUUCUUGAAGGCGUGGGAGGUGGUCCGCAGCUGCGUGCUCGCGCGGCGGUGGCGCCAUCUCUGGGCGUCCGUGCCCUGCGUCGAUCUCCGCGUGCGCCCCUCCACUGGCCGCUACGGCGACCCGCCUGAGAAGUUCCGCGACUUCGUGCACCGGCUCUUCCUCCUCCGGGACGAAUCAGCGCCCGUGGUCAUGCUCCGCCUGCGGUCGAGUGACGAAGAAGCGGGCUUCACCGAUGACGACGCCAGCGCGUGGAUGAUGGCCGUCAUCAAGCGCAACGCGCGGGUUAUCCAUCUCACCGGGCGUUGCUCAGAGAUCGCGUCAUUGGACCGCGUGUCGUUCAUCUCUUGCCACCUCAAGGUCUUGAAGCUGGCGUAUGCCAUGCUCGACUACAGGAUCCUCGGGCAGCUUUCUUCUAGUUGCACGUCUUUGGAAGUACUAGGUCUGAAGGAUUGCUUGGUGGCGGGCCCUAGGAUUGUGUCCGCCUCUUUGAAGACUUUAAUCAUGCUCGAAUGCGAGAUUAGUUGCGCCUUCUCCAUUGCUGCUCCGAACCUCCUACUUCUGCACCUCAUCACACCUUACGUCCGAGUCCCAUCAUUCAAGAAUUUGGGAUCACUUGUCACAGCUACUAUCAUACUUGAUGACUCUUUCUUGGGUGAUGACAAUGAAUGCAUCAGUGAUGAAGAUUAUUGUGAUGGAACUACUGAUGACGAUGGGGAUGAUAGCGACAAUAAUGAUUGGACAGAGAGCUCGAAGAUUCAUGAUGAGUCUUCCUUGAGUGAUGGUGUUGGAUAUGAUGAUUUUAUAAGGUUUGGAUAUGGACAUGGUUUUGCUGAAGGAAUUUACAGGCAUGAUCGUUACAAGGAUAAUUAUUAUUAUGGUGAUGAGAAUACCUAUGCAUACAGUGAGAUUGCAAAUGAUGCAAAGUAUGGCUACAAAGGUAAAGACCUGAUUUCCAGUAAAGACAAUAUCUAUGAUGGAUAUACAGAAUGCAAUGAUGGGAAGAUUUUAGGUGGCCGUCAUAUUCUUCAGAGUCUUUCAAGUGCUAGAACUUUGGAGUUGUUGACUGAUGCUGGAGAGGUGGUUCUGAGUAGGGAACUGAAUACAUGUCCAACUUUUGACAACCUGAAGACCUUGUCCCUUGGCGAAUGGUGUAUGGCUGCAGACUUUGAUGCAUUAAUUUUCUUGCUGCAGCACUCACCUAAUAUACAGAAACUCUUUCUCCAACUUAAAAUUAACUUCAAUGCCAGAAAGCCAUCAGAAACAGGUCUCAAACUACAAAGAAGAUCAUUUACUUGCAAAGAUCUUCGAAUGGUGAAGAUCACAUGCUCAAAGGAUGAUGGGAGAGUCCAUAAGCUGGCAAAUUUGUUUAUGGCAAAUGGUAUGCCAGUCGAGAAAAUUUAUGUCCACCACAGCGAGAGUGCUUAUCUCCGCAGCCAGAAGCAGACGAAGGAGUUCUGGGGGGUGUAA